GCCUUUUCCCCAGUCGAUGGCUUGAUUAUGCGAGCGAGCAGAAACCGGAGGCUCCUUCUGGACGCCUUUGCUGUCCCUCGCGGCACCAUGCGCGGAAGCUCUGAAAGCAGUACGGGCAUCCGUUGAAAGACACUGCGUGCCAGACGAGGGGCGCCCGGGGACAAACCAUGGGCGGCGUGCGAGCGCGGGUGCUCAGUUUGUGCCUCAGCCUCUGCUCGUUGGCGUUGCUCGUCACGGCCAUUUUCACCGACCAUUGGUAUGAGACUGACCCCCGGCGCCACCGGGAGAGCUGCGAGGACCGCGUCGGCAGCGCCCACUCGCCCGACCUACGCCGCCGAUUGCUGCCGCUGCCGCACCUGCCCCUGCGGGAUGCCAAGGCACGGGUCCCCCGCGAAGGCAGUGCGGUGGCAGUUCCCCCCACCGGGAACCUGCUGCUGCAGCUAGAGAACUGGCGAACGCUCCUGGGGCUCCGGUGGCUGCAAUCUCGGUGCGGCCGGCCACUCUUCGCCACUUACGCUGGUCUCUGGAGGAAAUGCUACUUCUUGGGGGUCGACCAAGACCUGGAUAACCUACUGGACAGAGGUAUUGCUCAGAGAUGCACAGCAAUCAAGUAUCAUUUUGCCACACCAAUACGACGCUUAUGGAACAUCCCUAUCAAUUUAACUAAGAUUAUCCAGCAGGAUGAAUGGCACUUGUUACAUCUAAGAAGAAUUACAGCAGGUUUUCUUGGGAUGGCAGCAGCUGUUCUUCUCUGCGGGUGCAUUGUAAUUGCAGCUGGUUUCUUUUGGGAGAAAAGCCUCACACAGCAUGUUGCUGGUCUUCUUUUCCUCAUGUCAGGCAUCUUUUGCACUAUUUCUCUCUGUACUUAUGCAACAAGUAUAUCUUUUGACCUAAACCGCCUUCCCAAAACCAUCUAUGGUCUUCCUGCUAAUGUUGAACAUGGAUACAGCUGGUCUAUAUUCUGUGCAUGGUGCAGUUUAGGACUUAUAGUAGCAGCAGGAUGCCUUUGUACCACUUACCCAUUUAUUAGCAGGACAAAGAUUAGCCAUCUAAAAUCUACCACAAACUCUUCCGUAUGACUUAUGGGAUAUUUUUUUUGUUUAUAAGGCAACAGGAAGAUACAUGCGGAAGCUUAAUUCAGAAUCCAAGCACAAACAAAACCCAAAUCCUUUACUGAACAUUGACUUAGUAGCCAGGAAACAUUGACUUAGCAGCAAACAACAGACAUCUAUGCUUCCAUGAUGGCUGAUAUAUCAAGUUCAGACAGCAAAACUAUUGUAGAACUGAUGGUAAUUUAGCACAUGUCACAAAUGAAAUGGAACUAUUUCUACUUGAACAAGAAAACUUCAAUUGCUAUUUGCUGUCCAAUGUCAUGAGGUUCACCCGAGUGGCCAUAUAACUUGAAAAUAAAUAAAAGGUUUUUU